GGUUAUCAAGAUGAACGGCUGCCUGAGCUGUGGCUUUCUGAAGUACCUAUGGUGCUGGCUGGAGGAUCUAUCCUGUCGCCUGCAGGACAGCAAUCUACUCAAGCUGAUCCUGGCCAUCAGUGUGGCCUUACUGGUAUUGGUGAAUGUGCACACGGGCUUCCAAAUUGCUAAUAACUGUGAAGGAGGAGAGGAGGAGGAUUCUCGAGAUGCUGGCGGGGAUCAUCUGCGCGGCUCCUCCAGUGAUUUGGACUGUACUCCUCGAGUUUCCCCCGAGAACUAUAAUUAUGGUUGGGACAGGGGUCCGCAUACCUGGAAUGCCCCCUGCAACAAUCAGAGUCCCAUCAAUAUAGAAAGGAAUUCGUUGGAGAUCAACUACUUUGAUGCACCGCUGAUAUGGUCACACUACAAUGACAUUCCCUUGGGCAUUCGCCUGGAGAACAAUGGUCAUACUCUGAUCCUGCGAGCUGCCUUUCCAGGACGAGUGCCUUCCCUUGAUGGUGGCGAUCUGCUGGGCCGCUUUGACUUUCGGGAGAUCUCCUUUCGUUGGAGCUGGAGCAACUCUUCCGGUUCGGAGCAUACUUUAGAUCAUCAACACAGUCCCCUGGAGAUGCAGUGCCUCCACACAGAUGCCAGCGAUGGAGAAGCCUGCUCCUCCAGCCAGGGCAUCCUGAUGAUUUCCUACAUGUUCGACUUUACCGAUGACAAUCCCUUCCUCGAUGUCCUCGUUCAGCAUCUCGUGGCCGUUCAACAGGCUGGACAGGUGGUUGAAGUACCGCCCUUUCCCCUUAGUUACCUGAUGCCAGCCUUCUACGACAAGUUCUACAGCUACAAUGGAUCGCUAACGGAACCCCCUUGCCAUCGGGGGGCCGAGUGGCUGAUCCACCCGGUGCCCUUGGCCAUCAGCGAAAGACAGCUGAACGAGUUUCGUCAGCUGAAGGACCGACGGGGAGUUCGGAUCGCACGCAAUGCUCGCCCCGUUCAGCCGCUCGAGGAUCGUACGGUGCACCUUAAUCGCUACAGGACCGGGUUUUAG